UGACAGACGGAAUUCGCAUGUAAACAAUUUGUUGGACUUUGCAUCGAGUUUUUGAUGGUUUUAGUGAGCUGCUGUUUGAAUUAUUACAGGCAUAGAACCUAAAUGGAUUACCCAAGACCCUGUGGUUGCAAAGGACGCCGCACCUGCCUCAACUGCGAAAAAAGCUUUGCCAUAGAAAGAAUUGACUAUAGCAGUUUGUUCAAGAGUUGCAAAACUUAUUGCUUCUGUCCGCGAUGUAAUAAAAUUUAUCCCGGGUGGGACACAACUGUGGUACUGGCGGAUCAUGAGCGGAAUCAUAAUGGUGAUCAAGGGGAGGACUACCCGGGAAUUUACAUUGACCUUGAUUUUCUCAACUUAAUUGAAGAAACUCAGCUGAUGAAGGGUAUUGACGAGAUGCCAUGGGACAUUUCACAGAGUGGACGCCGCAAGCAGAACUUUGGUCCGAAGACAAACUUCAAGAAGACUAAGAUUAAAGUGGGCAGUUUUGAAGGUUUUCCAAAAUUUUCGGAAUUCGUUCAGAGAAAGUUUGAUCAGGUUCCGCUGAUGGAGGGCUUCCAAACAAUUGAGCAGUGCUCAUUGGAAUACACACCGGAACGAGGAGCUUCCAUCGAUCCCCACAUCGACGAUUGCUGGAUUUGGGGCGAACGGGUUGUGACUGUUAAUCUGCUGAGUGAUUCGGUUCUGACCAUGUCCAGAUAUCGCUGCCCUGACGAGAAGAGUCGUUACAAUUUGGACUUUGUAGACCGGUACAGAGAUAAACUGAUUUCAGGUUUGGUGGAUGAAGCGGCGAUGGAUGCAUUUGACGAUCGAAUAGUUAGGAUACCGAUGCCAAGACGAUCGCUGCUCGUUAUAUACGGAUCGCCACGGUACCAGUGGGAGCAUGCAGUCCUCCGCGAGGAUAUUACUGAACGACGUGUUUGUUUGGCUUACCGGGAGUUUACACCAAUGUAUCUGCAAGGGGGCAGUGAGUAUAGCAAAAGUGAAGAAGUGUUUAAAUUGGCGCAGAAUUUCUGGAACCAUUCCAAGGUAUCUUCUGAAGGUGUUCGCGCCAACUAGUCGUAUGGUGUACUGUGAUUUGUACAGAUAAUGUUUACGGGACCCAAAAUAAAUAACAUAAUAUUUAAU